AUGGCGAGUUGCUGGAGCAGUGUGGAGAAAGCGGCAUUUUUGUGCUGCUUUUUGCUGGCAAUGGGGAGCCUAAUCUGCUGCGCCCGGCCGGAGGAGGAGGAAGAGCAAGAAGAGCAGCGCUCCUGUCACGGUGCCUUUGAUCUCUACUUCGUCCUGGAUAAAUCUGGAAGUGUCAAAAAUCAUUGGACUGAGAUUUACUCCUUUGUGGAAAGCCUAGCUGAGAAAUUCAUAAGCCCAAUGUUGCGGAUGUCCUUCAUUGUGUUCUCUUCACGGGGCACUACCAUCAUGAAACUGACAGAGAACAGGGAAGCCAUAAGACGAGGGCUCGACAUUCUUAAGGAAGAAUUGCCUGGAGGAGACACGUUCAUGCAUGAAGGAUUUAAAAGGGCAAAUGAGCAGAUUUACCAUGAGACCUAUGGAGGAGUUCGGACCGCCAGUGUGAUCAUUGCCCUGACGGACGGCGAGCUGCAAGACGCUCAGUUCUAUUAUGCAGAGCAAGAAGCCAACAGAGCCAGAAGCUUUGGAGCUACUGUUUAUUGUGUUGGAGUGAAAGAUUUCAAUGAAACUCAGCUGUCAACGAUUGCUGACAGCAUCGAUCAUGUUUUUCCAGUUAAAGGAGGCUUUUAUGCCCUAAGAGGAACCAUUGAUUCAAUUCUGAAGAAGUCUUGCAUUGAGAUCCUGGCAGCUGAACCAUCCAGUGUUUGUGCAGGAGAAUCCUUUCAAGUUGUGGUGAGAGGCAACGGCUUUUAUCAUGCGAGAAAUAUUGACCAGGUGCUCUGCAGCUUCAAGCUCAAUGACAGCCUUACUAUCAAUGAAAAGCCAACCUAUGUUCAUGAUACAUACUUGCUUUGCCCUGCCCCAGUGAUAGAAGAUGCUGGACAGGUGGUUUUCCUACAAGUCAGCAUGAACAACGGGCUAACGUUCAUCUCCAGCUCUGUCAGCAUCACCAGCACACAUUGUCUGACUGGGACCAUCCUUUUCAUUGCUCUUCUGAUUCUCUUUCUGCUGCUGGCUCUGGCUCUUCUGUGGUGGUUUUGGCCCCUUUGCUGCACAGUGGUGAUCAAGGAGCCACCUCCACCACCACCUCCAGAGCCUGACUCAGAUGAUGAAGAUGGAUUGCCAAAGAAGAAGUGGCCAACCGUGGAUGCAUCUUAUUAUGGAGGCCGAGGUGUUGGUGGGAUUAAGAGGAUGGAGGUACGAUGGGGAGACAAGGGGUCAACGGAGGAAGGAGCAAAAUUGGAGAAACCCAAAAAUGCUAUUAUUAAGUUGCCAGAACAGGAGUAUGAGCCAUGGGAACCCAAGCCAAAGAAGCCCCAUGUGAGAAAACCACCUUCCCAGCGAAAAUGGUACACUCCAAUCAAGGGUAAACUUGAUGCACUGUGGGCUUUGGUUCGACGAGGCUAUGACCAAGUCUCUCUUAUGAGACCACAGCCAGGGGAUAAGGGAAGGUGCAUAAACUUCACCCGUGUGAAAUCGGACGGGACCUCUGCCCCUUACAGCCCACCACCGAAGCUGCCAUUGCGCGACACCGCUCCCCUCAACAAUGCUCCAAGGAGCCCUUCCUCUCCCGUGUCUCUGCAGCCUCCUUCCAGGCAGCCACCUCCUGGGCCACCUCCAUCCCGAGCCCCUCCUGGACCUCCUCCUUCACGCCCGCCCCCGCAGCCCAUGGCUUAG